GGUUUUUGAACCUCAAUGACACAUUGUGCUGAAUGGAGGAAAAAGUUGAGCGGGUUUAAAGGUUUCUCGGUGGACUUGGCUGUGAUAAUGACACCCAUGGUGCAUCUGUUGUUGCUCCCAUUGCUGUUCAGCAUUGCUGGUGGGGAGGAUCUGGAGGAGAAGAAGGGCCCCUUUGAGAACACAGUGCUGGAUGUGCCAGAGGCGACUCCAGUGCCCUAUCCCUUGUAUCAGUUUCAGGUGAACCAUCCAGAUGUUAAUAAUUUCAGCCUGAGUGGAGAAGGUGGGCAAGACAUCAGUAUUUCAAAAGAUGGGUGGCUUUACUUGAAAAGUCCUCUGGACUGGUCUCGAGAUGAGCACUACAUUCUUAAGGUGGAGGCGCUGGCAGAUGAUGAAGUGGUGGAUGGCCCGAUUUAUGUGACCAUAAAUGUUUUGGAUGUCAACAACAAUGCACCAUUCUUCAACCAGAGUUUCUACACCGCUGUGGUCCGAGAGAACAGCCCAGCAGGUGUCCCAUUUACCCGAGUGUUUGCAUUGGAUCGGGAUGACCCUGAGACUCCAAAUUCUGUUCUGAGAUACAGCCUGAUUGCCGAGAUCCCCAGCACACAAAACACCCAGCUGUUUCAGAUCAGCCCCGACACUGGAGAGAUCUCCACCACAGAGCAAGGGCAAAAGCUGCUAGAGGCAAGAGGGGGCAUCCAGUAUGGCAUAGGAGAAGAUCGGAGCGUUGAAUCCCUGAAGAGGAGGUUUGAUGACUACUGUUCAGUGCAGGAGAUCCCAUAUGAACACAACCCGUUCUUCACCUGUGUGCAGAAAGCAGAGAUGAGGAGGCGGAAUGUGGACCCUCUGGAAGACCCAGACUACACCCUGUUUGUGCGCGUGGAAGACCUGGAAGGAGCUUCAGAGAAUGCGCUGAGUGGAAACACCAGAGUCCAGAUUGCUGUGCAGCAAAACCUGUGGAAGAACCCUGGACCCAUUCGUAUUAAAGAGAACUUAGAUGAAACAUAUCCUCUAGUCAUUGCAAAGGUCCAGUCUAAUGAGCCUGAUGCCAUCUACGAAUUGGUGCAGAAGGAGCGAAUGCUGAAAUUCCCCUUCUUGAUCACAGCAAAUGGAGAAAUACUGUUGACAGAGCAGCUGGACAGAGAAGAGAAGAACAUGUACACCCUGGUGGUGAUGGCAAAGGAUAAAAAUGACCAAGAGGUGGAUCCACCCAUGGAGAUUCACGUUUUGGUGGAGGAUGUGAAUGACAACGCACCAGUGUGCGAGGAGGAAACUGUAUUUGAGAUACAGGAGGAUGAGCCUGUAGGCAGCCUGGUAGGACGGCUGAUGGUCCAUGACAGCGAUCAAGAAGAGACACUGAAUUCUAUUCUGACUUACACCAUCAUAUCCCAAAGUCCAACCAUCGCAUCCGAUACCUUCUCCAUCGACGACGCUUCUGGAACAAUUCGUGCAUUGCGCUUGCUUCGGCGAAGAGAACAGGCGGUCUACAACCUCAAUGUCAGAGUCAGUGACCCAGAUUUCAGCACAAAUUGUAAGGUCGUCAUCAAGGUCAUUGACGUCAACAACCAACUGCCUGUGUUUGAGGUGAAUGAUUAUGGCAAUGCAACUCUGGCAGAGGAUACUCCUCUGGGACACACAGUUCUGACCAUCAAAGCAACAGAUAAUGAUGACCCAGACACCGGCAGCUCGAUGAUCGAGUUUACCAUCACUGGUGGAGACGUCUUUGCUGUGGAAACUGACGGCAAAGGUGUUGGUCAUGUGGUUCUUGCUAAGCCUCUGGACUUUGAGUCCUCUUCCACCUACAGGCUCCAGAUUGAUGCUCGUAACCCAGAACCACUCAUGAAAGGUCUCGAGUACGGCAGUGAGUCUACCACCUUUUUUACUGUGUUGGUUGCUGAUGUAGAUGAGGUCCCAGAGUUCAGUUUGGACAUCCUGGAUUUGACCGUACAUGAAAACUUCACCAAAGGAUCAGUGCUGCUCACCGUGGAGGCAAAGGACCCAGAGGGCAAAGAGAUCGGUUUUAAGCUGGACGGUGACACUGAAGGCUGGCUGGAGAUCGACCCUGCUACAGGAGUAAUCAAGACCAAAGAAAACCUGGACAGGGAGAAAGUAGAGACGUUCAAAGUCACUGUCACCGCCUUUGAAAAGGAGAACCCGAAGAAUUCUGCUGAGCGUGACCUGCAUGUAAGGUUGUUGGAUGUGAACGACAACACCCCCAAACUGAUUAGGACCCAGGCCUUCAUUUGCACGAAGAAUGUCAAACCUGUUCUCAUAAUGGCCCAGGACCCAGACAGCAACCCUUUCUCCCAGCCAUUCACGUUCACCUUUGCCACCAAAACUGGGAAAUCACCUAACUGGGAGCUGGACCAAAUUGAUGCUACAACAGCUGAACUGAAACUGAAGAAACCACCAACUGAAGAUAAAACCUUCUCACUCGCCAUUGUCAUUAAAGACAAUGCAGGUGUGGGAGUCCCACAGAAGUUUGAGGUGAAAGUAUGUAACUGCACAGAGCUGGGGUACUGCUACAUCGCACCAGAAGGAAAGGCAUUUGGAUUGGGAAUGGGACCCACCAUUGGGAUACUGGUUGGCAUUAUGGGAUUCUGCGUUAUUGUCUUCAUUGUAGUGAUCAAACGCAUCAGCAAAAAGAGCCAAAGACAAGCUCAGGCUGGAGAGGAGGAGAGGAACGCCAUGAUGUAGACACAACACAGAUGGUUUCCGAGUCGCUUUUAUUUAUAUGUGCCAGUAUCACAAAUCACAAAUUAGUCUCCAAGGGAUCAACAAUGUGUCCAACAUUUAAAUCCUCAAUACAGAUAAGAUGAAAAGCCUCCACCCCAAGCCUUAAACAGGUCUUCCUGUUUAAACCCUCAUAAACCCUUAAACCAGACCAGACUACAGGGACGACUCAAGGUUAUUUUGAUUUCAAUUUUUACCUGUCUAAUAAAUAAGAUAGCACAAGUACACAGACUCCUAAAACUCCCUCAUAAAAUUCUCCAAACCUGAAACCCAAAUGAAUCCUUGCAGAUUUACAUUAGCUUAUUUUUAUUUUAUUUACAAGAGAGAGAUGAAUGUUAUUAACAAAUGCUGUGCAUGCUUAAUUAAUCUGUUAGGUGGCCCCAUGCUAAUCACUCAUUUAUAUAACAAAUUGAACAAAUAUAUUAUGAUUUCACUGCCAGACUGGCUGUUCCAUUAGCAGUUUUAUCAUCUCCCACCAUUUAAUUAUUUUUUUUUUUUUUGGGGCCCAGAGCUUGGUGUGUUACUCUGUUUAGUUUGACUGUAGCAGCUAACUGAUGAAUGUCUUGUAACAGCUGGAAAAUGUUUAAACAUCUCAAACAGAUCAUUUGUUUUUUGUUGUUGUUGUUUUGUUGUUGUUUUGUAAAGUGCAUUUGCUGCUCUGUUUCUCAAUAAACAGCAAAA